GCGCCUCUCGCCAUCAGAAUCCGUUCUUCUCGAGAAAACUUUUUAAUCUGGUCUAUCUGGCCCUCUGGUUUUGCAUGCCCGCUGGACACUCAACAGCCAAUCAGCCCGGCGCAAGGUCCAGAUAUUGUUCGUUGAUGUUUAGGGCUUGAAUCGGGCUCCAGACCGUCAACCUUCCAAACUCCAACUCUCCCCAGAGGGGGUAAGCGGGGAAAGGAAAACAAAAAAGGCCAUGACAGUCUGUGUGUCUCUCCCCGGCCACGCAGGCCAGGACGAGCUCGAGCUCUCUUCCUCCUAUAUCACUAAUGGCAGUCAGCUCGUCGGCGCAUCUUUGACCAGCCGUGAUGCAAUUCCCUGUCAUCCGCUCGGAGUGAAGCCGAGUGGCAAUGGUCUCACGGCCACAUGGGAUUUGCGGACAGCCAUCGGGACAUUCAACAUAUUGCCGGAUGAGAUACUCCUCAUGCUGCUGGAAUAUCUCGACAGCGCCAGUUUAUUGAACAUAGGUCGUACUUGUAAAGCCCUGUAUGCUUUCACCCGGUCUGAAGACCUGUGGAAGACGCUUUUUGUUCGGGCUUCUCCAAAGACGUUUUCUUGGCAAGGGACAUGGCGUGCCACUUAUCUAAACCUCACUCCGUCCCAAGUCCCAACAAUAGACUGCUCCCAGCUCUUUUCUGAUACCCUACAUCGCCCGUUUUAUUGUGCACAUAUCUCGCUGGAUCCGUAUGUGAAUAAUAUUCCAGCACGGAACCAGAUCACUCGACUCCCAGACUUAUCUCCUGAAGAAUUCCAGCAAUCAUGGACGAAUCGACCUUUCAUUCUAACUGAUCCAGUGAAACAGUGGCCCGUUUUCAAAGACUGGUCUACCGAGGCUCUACUGUCCAAAUAUGGAGACACGGAGUUUCGAGCAGAGGCCGUUGACUGGCCAUUCAAAACUUACGUUGACUAUAUGAAGAACAACGAGGAUGAAAGUCCACUAUAUCUCUUCGACCGCAGCUUCAUCUCCAAGAUGGGUCUGAAGGUCGGCCAGCCUGAUGUAGAGCCAGACGCAGCAUACUGGCCGCCACCGUGCUUUGGAGAGGAUUUCUUUUCAGUCCUGGGACGUGACCGUCCGGACAGUGCAUGGCUAAUCGUCGGACCUGAACGAUCAGGGAGCACGUUCCACAAGGACCCCAACGCCACCAGUGCAUGGAACGCCGUGAUCCGCGGUUCCAAAUAUUGGAUUAUGUUCCCCUCUUCGUCGACUUUGCCGCCUCCGCCAGGAGUCUAUGUCUCCGCAGACCAGAGCGAGGUGACAUCGCCACUGAGUAUCGCGGAGUGGCUCCUCGGUUUCCACGCUGAAGCCCGUCGAACUGCAGGCUGCAUCGAGGGAAUAUGUGGCGAAGGAGAAAUCCUCCACGUCCCUUCAGGCUGGUGGCAUCUGGUUGUCAACAUCGAACCUUCUAUCGCCAUCACACAGAACUUCAUCCCGCGCUCACACCUGAGCGCUGCUCUGGACUUCCUCAGUAACAAAGCAGACCAGGUGUCUGGGUUUAGAAAAGACGUGGAUGACCCCUACGGCCGUUUCGUGGCAAGGAUGAAGGAAGCGCAUCCGGAGCUAUUGGAGCGAGCGAUGCAGGACCUAGAGAAGGGGAAAGAGGGCAAGAAGAGGAAAUGGGAUGAGAUCGUCCACGGAAAGGUCGAUGAAGCUGAAGAGGGAGAAGCCGGUGGAUUCAGCUUUGGAUUUGGAGAUGAUGGAAGUGACGUAGAAGUUCCUUGAUUUAUAAAAAAGUAGACUAGAGCGAAUUUCUCGAUGAUGAUUAUCGAAAAUGUAUAACAGAGGUCCAAAUAGGACAACAUCAGAGCAAUUUAUGAAGGAAAUGAAAAUGAAACCGAAAUUCCCCUUCAACUCCUGUGCUUUCCAAGUACGAUGCCCCAAAGGGACGAGGCGGCAAAAACGCGAUAUACGGGACGAUACCUAAUGCUUGAGCACGAUCUUAAUCUCUGAGAUAUCGAAGACCAGGUCGAUGGUGAACGUAAUCCAACGAUGAUGUCGCCCAGCAUAC